AUGUCUUUUCGGACAAAUUCUGGGGGCAUGCUUGGGUACCCUACCGAACAAAUGGCACACGAUGAUGGAAUACUUUCAGAACAAGAUCAAAAAUACAUUACUGAUUUUUUUAACACAUUCGCAACUGAAGAACCACUUAGUCAUAUGAUGGAUAUUACACAUCACAAUUCUACUGGCAUUCCUUUUUCAGAAAUUCCUCAAACUUCCAUGACAACGACAACAACUAGAGGAUUUUCUUCAGGGAAUUUUGGUUCUAGUUUUGAUACAAAUGUUGGAUAUUCUGGAACCAAUGGAUAUAUAUACCAACCAAUUGGUUCGGCUUCUAUCACCAUACCAGCUAAUAAUACAAAUAAUUAUCAUCACCAACAACGACAUCAUCAACAUCAUCAACAACCAACUUCUUCUUCUUCUUCACAUAUUCAUACAGAACCAAAUAAUAAUAUUAAUCGAAGACAAAAUUCACCUUCAUCACCAAGAUCAAAGCAACAUACUUUAAGGCGUACUCCAUCUCGGCGAAAAUCAAUUAAAAGAGCGACAUCAUCAACGACACCAAAUCGUGGUGGUAGAGGGAAAAAAGGACAUCACGAACUUUUAACUGAAGCCGAAAAAAAAGCGAAUCACAUUGCAUCUGAACAGAAAAGACGACAAAAUAUACGUUUAGGGUUCGAUCAAUUAGUUGAAAUCGUUCCGACCUUAAGUCAAUGUCAUAGAAAAAUUUCACCUGAAAUACAACAUUAUAUUGAUCAAAUGUUUUCAAGAAUUUCUGGCAAUAGUUCAUCUUUUUUACAAGGAUUUUUACUCGGUCAACUUACGAUCGUGGUUUUGGUUAUUGCUUUUAUUAAGUUUAUGUUAUUAGAAGAGGCUUCAACCAUACAAAAACGUCCUUCUCCUACAUCUGCAACCUUACUCAACUCGCAAACAGCUAACGUACCACCUGCGUCUAUUAUUCUAUCAAAAACUUCGUAUGAUUUGAAAUAUCGAACACCCGAAUCAACUGAUUGGUUAAAUGUACUUUUAGCACAAGUUAUACAUCAAUAUAGGGAAGAUGCCAAAACCGAUAAUCUCUUAGUACGCUUUGUGGAUCAAGCGUUGAAUGAAAAGGUUAAACCUGAUUUUGUAGGACCCAUUGAAGUUACCAAACUUGAAAUUGGGGAAGAAUAUCCUAUUUUUAGUAAUGCUAGAAUUCGUCCAACAGAAAUAAUGGGAGAAAUAGAUUGUGAUUUUAAUGAUCAAAUUACAAUUGGAAUUAAUACACAAAUUCUCAUUAAUUGGCCUAAACCACGUAUAGCAGUAUUACCAAUUUCACUUGCAUUAUCAGUAAUAAAAUUCUCUGCUACGAUAAAUUUAGAAAUUGACACAGAUUCCGAUUCAUCUUAUAUUGUCGUUUCUGUACUUCCAGAAUUUACUCUGGAAUUUGAUAUACAAUCUUUAAUUGGAUCAAGGUCGAAACUUGAAGAUAUACCUAAAGUCACUCAAAUAAUUACUUCCAAAUUACGAAACAUUUUUUCCGAAAAAUUUGUACAUCCAAAUUCCAUGAAAAUCGAAUUACCUCCUUUGAACUCUACUAUAUAA